AUGGAUGCAUUUCUUGAGAAAGAACACGGUCCGGACGUUGAUGCCGCAUCUUCGCACGUUGAAGCCGUGGAUUCACAUGAGGUAUCCAAGGAGAAGGCUGCCGGCGAUGGCAAAGACAACGCGGACGUUGAAGCGACCAGUGCGAAUGAAGGCGAAGGGGCUUACUACAGCAAGCUCUCUGUGUGGUUGAUGGUCCUGUUCUCAGCUCUCGCCAUCGGAUCUGACGGCUACAAUGCCGCUGUCAUCGGCAAUGUUGAGCUUCUUUUGGCAGUCCUCUAUCCCGAUGCUCUGACACCAUCCAUCUACACACGCCUGAGCAACGCGUUCCUCAUCGGCAUGAUCGUUGGAAUGCUCUUCUUCGGUGUGGUGGUCGAUCAGAUCGGUCGCAAGACUGGCGCCGUUUUCACCACACUUCUCCUCGUGUUGGGCAUCGCCAUGUCCACGGCUGCAAAUGGAACGACUCCCACCGGUCUCUUCUGGAUGCUCAUCGUCGCACGAGGCGUCGCGGGUGUGGGUGCGGGAGGCGAGUAUCCCGUGUCGGGUGCCGGUGCCGCCGAAGCAACGGACGAGAGCAGCAAGUACCGCAAGCAUAGGGGCUUCAUGUUCGCCAUGAUUGCCGACACGUCGUCCUCACUGGGCUACGUCUGGGGUGGUCUCGUCGUCCUGCUUCUACUGCUUUGCGUCGGACAAGAGGAAAGCAAGUAUUACAUCGUGUGGCGAACCGCCUUUGCCCUCGGAGCCGUUGCACCGGUGAGCAUCAUCUGGUUUCGCAUGCGCAUGGCUGUCGCCACGGCGUAUCGCAAGUCUUCCAUGCGGAAACAGCGCGUGCCUUAUUUGCUGGCUCUCAAGAGAUACUAUCGGCCACUUAUCGGAUCCGCGUCCUGCUGGUUCUUGUAUAACUGGAUAUCCAUCCCAUUUGGCAUCUUCAGUUCCACCAUCAUCACCCGCUCGAACCCUGAGGGAACCUUGGUCAAGAACAUUGGUUGGGGUGUCCUGAUCAACUGUUUCUACAUCCCUGGCCCGUUUAUCGGCGGCUACCUGUCGGAUAAAAUUGGCCGACGGCAGACGAUGGCGCUCGGUUUCUUACUCCAGGCAAUCAUGGGCUUCAUACUCGGCGGAGCUAUACGACCUAUUCAGACCGUGCUCCCAUUGUUCAUUGUGUUAUACGGAAUUUUCUUGACGCUCGGAGAAGUCGGCCCCGGCAGCACUGUUUUUCUUACAUCAUCAGAAUGUUUCCCGACUUCUAUUCGUGGCCAAAUGAUGGGUUUCAUCGCCUCUUGGUCCAAGGCCGGUGCCGCCAUUGGUACCCAGGUGUUCACCGCCAUACUCAACUCGUACAAGGACAACCCUGGCAAGGGCGACCAGGUCGUGUUUCUGAUUGGGUCCGCAUUCGCCGUCCUGGGUGCUAUUGUUGCUUUCUUCGUUAUUCCGGACGUGUCGCGACGACUUGAGGACGACGAUGCCGCAUGGAAAGUAUACCUGGCGGAUCACGGUUGGGAAGCAAAAUGGGGUGAUACGGAAACAAAAGACCCGGUAGCUAUCGUUAAGGGUCAUCUAACAGACUAG